ACCUGACUCUUGUUUACAGCAGUGAUUCUACGGACUAGACCGAGAACGAGGGCAAGUGAUAGGAUAGCUGCUUACUGGAGCUGUAGGAGAAAACGAAAUAAUACACAUCAUCAACCAUACACGGCUCACAGGACAUAACGGAAGCUUGAGUUUGGUGCAAGUAUACCACACUCCACUCCAACGGAAGCCCGAUAGUCUACUCUCGCGUGGCAUAACUAUUUUUUUCAGCUGCAAAGGAGCCGACUGACUGCGUUAACCUUGAAGACAGAAAGCGCAGGGGGGAGAAAAAGGGGGUGCGAUUGGUGAAACCAUUUAUGUUCUGGCGGAUAUUUUGGAUUGCGUCUUGUUGGGAGGGUUUAUUGACCCGAGUUACGUUUUCAUUCAUUUCCCAUCUCAGCCUCCACCCUAGACUCUAUUGUUAAUGUCCAUCACUCAGACGGAAAUUAAUGACAGAAGAUCGGAAGACUCUUCGGUCUACAAGUGAAUCUCGUUCGAUUGCCAGUCAUAAAAGCUCGUGCACACCAUUACUGAUGUUUCAAGAGAUGGAGACUGAGGAUGCGGAUUACUGUCAUAUGUCGAGUAAAAUCAGUGGCACGGAUGUCUGUUUUGCCAGCCACCCUUGAAUCAUUCUGUCUUUGGCAAGAAUAACGAAUUGUUUUAAUUUAUUUCAUCUUAUAUAUAUAUAUUUUUAUAAUAUCCCUAUACACAGAACCCCGAGACUUGGAACAAUAGUAGCCUAUCCUCUAAACACGAAUUUGUAUCGACCUGUCAAACAGUGCAUUUUACUUUUUGUGAUCUUGGUGGCAUCAUCUCCCUUUUCCACUUUUUUGGAAUUAAGUUAUUUGCUUUUUAGUGAGGUUAAUAAUUGAUCAGGAAUGAGAUCUGGGACAGAGAGGAAUAAUUCGACCUUGUUUUGGGGUCUGAUGCUGUCUGUCUCCGCUAUCUGCCUGUUGUCCGCAAAUGGAAAAAUCUGUGGUCUAAGUAUCGACAUCCGUAAUGACAUCAGUGAGUUCAAGAGUCUGGAGAACUGCACGGUGGUGGAGGGCUACCUGCAGAUCCUCCUCAUCGGAGAAAAGACCAACAACCUCAACCAGGAGCUCUUCCGCUCCCUCAGCUUCCCCAAGCUGACCGUCAUCACCGACUACCUGCUCCUGUUCCGCGUGUCCGGCCUGGACAGCCUCAGCACGCUCUUCCCCAACCUCAACGUCAUCCGCGGACGCAACCUCUUCUACAACUACGCCCUGGUGAUCUUCGAGAUGACCAGUCUGAAGGACAUUGGCCUGUACAACCUGAGGAACAUCACACGAGGGGCCAUCCGGAUCGAGAAGAACCCUGAGCUCUGCUACCUGGACUCUGUGGACUGGUCUCUCAUCAUGGACGCAGAGUUCAACAACUUCAUCGCGGGGAACAAGCAGUCCAAGGAGUGUGGUGACGUGUGUCCAGGCAUCAUGGAGGACAACGCUCAGUGCAUCAAGACAAGCUUUAACGGCAACUUUAACUCUCGCUGCUGGACAUCCAACCACUGCCAGAAAGUGUGCCCAGAGAAGAAGUGUGAGAGGAGGGCAUGUACGGACAGUGGGGAAUGUUGCCAUGCCCAGUGCCUGGGAAGCUGUACGGAGCCGGACGACGACAUGGCCUGCGCAGCCUGCCUGCACUACUACCACGAGGGCCGCUGCGUGCAGCACUGCCCCCCAGACACUUACAAGUUUGAGGGCUGGCGCUGCAUCACCAUGGACCUGUGUGCCCGGGUGCACCUGCCCAGCGACUUUGACUUUGUCAUUCAUGAAGGGGAGUGCAUGCCUGAGUGUCCAUCAGGCUUUACACGCAAUGAGAGCAAUAGUAUGUUCUGCAGUGCCUGUGAUGGCCUGUGUGAUAAGAUCUGUGACUCCAAGACCAUCGACUCAGUGGAUGCUGCUCAGUCUCUAAUGGGCUGUACAGUCAUCAAAGGCAACCUGCACAUCAACAUCCGCCGUGGCAAUAACAUCGCUUCAGAGCUGGAAAGCUUCAUGGGGCUGAUCCAGACAGUGACAGGCUAUGUGAGGAUCCGCCACUCCCACACGCUAGGCUCGCUCUCCUUCCUCAAGAGCCUGCGCUACAUCAACGGGGAGGAGCUCAUGGAAGGGAUGUAUGCUUUCUCUGCCAUCGACAACCAGCGCCUGCAGUACCUAUGGGACUGGACCCAACACAACCUGACCAUCAGGGCUGGGCGGCUAUCCUUCCGCUUCAACCCCAAACUCUGCAUGUCUGAGAUACACAAGAUGUGGGAGAAGACGGGAAUCACUGAGAAGUUUGAGGAGGACGAUUUCCGCAACAAUGGGGACAGAGCCAGCUGUGAGAGCCACAUCCUGAAGUUCAAGUCCAACAGCACGGUGAGUAACCGGAUCAAGCUGACCUGGGAGCGCUACAGACCACCAGACUACAGAGACCUCAUCAGCUUCAUUGUCUACUACAAGGAGGCACCGCACCAGAACAUCACAGAGUUUGAUGGCCAGGAUGGGUGUGGCUCCAACAGUUGGAACAUGGUUGACGUGGACCUGCCUCAAGACAAAGAGAUAGACCCUGGUGUGUUGCUGUCCCCACUGAAGCCCUGGACCCAGUACGCCAUCUUUGUCAAGGCCAUCACCCUGGUGGUGGAGGACAAACACAUCCCGGGAGCCAAGAGUGACGUGGUCUAUAUACGCACCAGACCCUCAGAGCCGUCUAUGCCAAUGGAUGCCCGUGCGUAUGCCAACUCAUCCUCAAAGCUGGUAGUGAAAUGGUCACCUCCCCUCAACCCUAACGGCAAUCUCACUUUUUACCUGGUCCGCUGGCAGCAGCAAGCUGAAGACAGGGAGUUGUACCAACACAACUACUGCUCCAAAGAGCUGAAGAUCCCCAUUAGAAUCUCAGCCACAGGGUUGGCAGACAUGGAGGACGACACCAAGCCCACCAAGUCUGACCUGUCUGGGGGGGAUAAGGGCCCUUGCUGCCCCUGCCCCAAGACCAAGGAGGACCUGAAGGCAGAGAUAGACGACGCCUCCUACCGCAAAGUCUUUGAGAACUUCCUGCACAAUUCUAUCUUCACCCCCAGACCCCCAGACCGGCGACGUAGGGAUCUAUUUGGUGUCGCUAACAGCACCCUGGCACGGGGUGGCAACACCACAGGCCUGGAGGGUAAUAGGACAGAAGGAGAGCCCCUUGAGAGGGAGUUCCCCUUCAUGGAGGACCGGAGCAAGACAGAGUUUAUCGAGAUCCCCAACCUGCAGCCCUUCACUGUGUACCGCAUCGACAUCCACGCCUGCAACCAGGAGGUCCGUCGCUGCAGCGCUGGAGCCUUCGUCUUCUCCAGGACCAAACCUGCAGACAAAGCGGAUGACAUGCCAGGCAGUGUGAUCCAGGAGAGGGAUGAGAAGGUGGAGGGGUCGGUGCUGCUGAGGUGGCCAGAGCCUGUCAACCCCAAUGGCCUCAUCCUGAUGUAUGAGAUCAAGUUCCGCCAGGGCACCGAGCCUGAGAAACACGAGUGUGUGUCACGCCAGCACUACCGUGUUCACAAAGGAACUCGUCUGACCAACCUGGGCUAUGGGAACUACUCUGCCCGCGUGCGUGCCACCUCCCUGGCAGGAAAUGGGUCCUGGACUGAGCCAGUGUCCUUCUACGUGCCCCCACCCAAACGGGACUAUGACAACGCAUUCUAUCUGGUCAUCAUCAUCCCCAUCAUCGUGAUAAUUCUCAUCGCCAGCCUCAUCACUGUACUCUUCUUUAUCAACAAAAAGAGGAACAGUGACAGGCUGGGGAAUGGUGUCCUCUAUGCUUCUGUUAACCCUGAGUACUUCAGUGCUGCCGAGAUGUAUGUUCCAGACGAGUGGGAGGUGGCCAGGGAGAAAAUCACCAUGCACAAGGAGUUGGGCCAGGGUUCCUUCGGUAUGGUGUAUGAGGGCCUGGCUAAGGGCGUGGUUAAGGACGAGCCUGAGACCCGCGUGGCCAUCAAGACAGUCAACGAGUCAGCCAGCAUGAGGGAGAGGAUCGAGUUCCUCAAUGAGGCCUCUGUCAUGAAGGAGUUCAACUGUCACCAUGUGGUGCGUCUGCUGGGCGUGGUCUCUCAGGGCCAGCCCACCUUGGUGAUAAUGGAGCUGAUGACCCGUGGAGACCUGAAGAGCCACCUGCGAUCACUCCGGAAAGAAAACACAUCCAGCCAGGUUCUGCCCCCGUUGAAGAAGAUGAUCCAGAUGGCAGGAGAGAUUGCGGACGGCAUGGCAUACCUCAACGCCAACAAGUUUGUCCACAGAGACCUGGCUGCCAGGAACUGCAUGGUGGCGGAGGACUUCACCGUCAAGAUCGGAGACUUUGGCAUGACGCGAGACAUCUACGAGACGGAUUACUAUCGGAAAGGAGGAAAAGGCCUUCUGCCGGUCCGCUGGAUGUCUCCAGAGUCGCUGAAAGAUGGCGUGUUCACCACAAAUUCUGAUGUCUGGUCGUUUGGGGUGGUGUUGUGGGAGAUUGCCACCUUGUCUGAGCAGCCGUACCAGGGCAUGUCCAACGAGCAGGUGCUGCGUUUCGUCAUGGAGGGAGGACUCCUGGACAAGCCUGACAACUGCCCUGACAUGCUGUUUGAACUGAUGCGGAUGUGCUGGCAGUACAACCCCAAGAUGCGGCCCUCCUUCCUGGAGAUCAUCAACAGCCUCAAGGAGGAGCUGGAGCCUCCGUUCAGUGAGAUGAGUUUCUUCUUCAGCAAGGAGAACAAGCCCCCGGACACUGAGGAGCUGGACAUGGAGGUGGAGAACUUGGAGAAUGUGCCACUGGACCCUGCACCCAGCAGACCCCCCACUGCCGUCCCUCAGCCCUCCCAGGGACCUAUGGGGGCCACACGGGGCUCAGCGCCCCCUCCUCCCCAGCAGUUAUCUCCAAUACAAGGCCCUUCUAGUACCCUGAUGGGACCUGGCUCCCCCUCCACCUCAGCCCCUGCUGCCUCUGCCUCAGCCUCCCCAAGCCUGGCUUUGGACAAGCAUUCAGCACAGGUAUCGGCCAACGGGCCAGUGGUAGUGCUACGGCCCAACUUUGAGGACACGCAGAACUACGCUCACAUGAACGGGGGGCGCAAGAACGAGCGGGCGCUGCCACUGCCCCAGUCUUCAGCCUGCUGAUCUCUAGCCCCCCUCCUCUCCCCUCAGCCAGAUCACCCCUCUCCGCCUCCUCUUCUCAGACAGGGUAACAUAAACUUCUCCUCCGCUUUAGUUCUAAUGGGGGGGAUGGAUGAGUGAAUAACUGACAGACAUUAUACUACUCUACUGCAGUAGGAGUCUUUUCUUUAAAAAAUUAAAUAUUAACAAGAUGUAUGAUUGAAUCCUGAGACUGAGAAACAGUACAGAAACCUGUUAAAGCAUUUGGAGCAUGGUGGCUCAAACAGAACUACAACACUGGGGAGCUCUGGUGUUUCCUUCUUGUAGAGUAUUUGUUACUUUUCUUAAAAAUCCUUAAAGAAAGACAAAAAUACAGACUUAUUAAUAUUCCCUGACUGACAGGUAUUGUAAGUGAGAGACAAUAACUUAUUUUAAGCAUAUCUGCCAGCAGAUCCGACAGAAGAGCACUUUUUGAUGAUCUCAGAGAGAAGGUUGUAUAUAUCUGAUUGUGUAUUUCUAUACAAACACAUGAUUCUCUUGACAGUAAGAUAGAGCUCCUCUUCCACACUUCUUUCCAUCAAUAUACUUCUCCUCCCAUAUUUCAGACAUUGAUGUGUUCUGGACUAGGCUCAUUGGUUUUCCUGUCAAUAUUCCGGGGUAGGAGGGAAUGUUUUCAGGAGUGGGUAGAUCGAGGAGGGGCUAUUAGAAAUCUGCCAUAUGUUUUAUGCCAAAUCAAAGUGAGCAAUUUUCUCCCUCCUGCUCUUCAUUUCUCUCUUUGAUUGGACAUGGAGAGAAACACAAUCAAGCAUCAUAAAACUCCCACAUUGCUGUUUUUUUUCUUUUUCUACUUCACAAUUACAAUCAAAUUGUAAAAGGAAUUUGCCUGUUUUCUUUUCUGAGGUUUUUCAGGUUCACAUCAGAGCCCUUAUUUGGAGUCCUAUUUAAUUGUAUGUGUCAUCUGAGAGAUGAAAACACCAACAUCACCAACAGAGACAUUGAACAAAAAGGACGUGGCGCCAAAAAUACAACACAUACAGAGACAAACCUGAAGUAGAAGGUAUUGGAUCAGUUCUGAUACAAGGAGAACUAAAGGACUUAACAGAACUCCACGUUGUGAGCACACAUAAGUCUGCUAAAGGCAUUGUACACAACAGGUAUUUUUUAGACUAGUCAUUAGUCUCUCUGUACAAUUCAAACAUUUAUAUAAAGGUCUUACAGUUGUAUGUUAGACCUUAGGAUCAUUGUCACACACACAUCAUUGGUUUGUCACUUUUAUAACUUUUAUACGGUUCAGAUGUUCUCUUCUAUGUCUGUACAGAAUAAAGCUGCUAUUUUUUUCUUUUUCUUUUUUGGAUGUUAUAUAUAUAAAGAAAUCCUUCAGGUUGACUAUUUUAUGAUCUCCACUACAGUCCAUUUCUUAUGCUUCAUACUUCUAGCAAAAAAAAUAUUUAAAAAAAAUGACCUUUCUCUCUUCUUUACCCCAGAACAGGUUGUCUGUAUCACAACAUAUUGUCCAUUGCCUUUUAUUUUUUUAUGAACAUGUUUUUCUUUGCAUUAUUUUUUGUAGAUUUCUAUAUAAUUAUCAUUAUUAUUAUUAUUAUUAUUAUUAGUUCGAAUGGACACCGUAGCUCCGUUUGUGAGUGUGUACGUUUGGCACCCUUUUUGUACCAGUUGUCUAGUACCUAGUUAUUGCCCCCUAGGUGCAACUUAAUCUCAGGUCGAAGUACAUGUUUUGCUUUCUCCAUACAUUCUCAUUACUGUCCUCUGCUUGUUUCACCUCUCUGUUGAGUCCAAUAGUGCCCUCUCCCCUCCCCUCCAGCCCCACACUGAAAUGUGCAGUACACCUGCCUCCCCCAGUGCCUCCUUUUGAAGUCAGGAUUAGUUGCACAGGAUCUUCUUUUUUCUACUGGAUCUGGUGUUUUAACCCAUUCAUUUUCCUGCCUCUCAAUUGAUAGGGCUAAUUGGGUUGUCUUGUUUGCCUUAAUGAUCCCAACCACUCGCCAUCCUCUCAAAUAAUGCUCAUCCAUAAUCAAAGUUCUCUUUUUGUGUCUUAGAUUUCAAGUGCAGCAUUACUGCUUAUUCUCCUUUAUCAUUAAUUUAAUUUGUGUUGUCAUACUCAUUCUCUUACAAUCAAAGUGAAAACAGUUUCUAUUGUUUGUCUCCUUAAACAUGGCACCUGUACACCAAAUAAGGAUGGGUUAAAGUCCAGGGAAGUGGUCACAUUUCAAUGUCAUGAAUUGAAUAGGUCUUACUGGGGGUGUCAGUAUGAAAAGUGUUUUUGAAGGAUUUCUCCUCAUCUUUUGAAAAAGUUUCCAGCGUUGAAGUUAUUCUCUGUAGGAUUGUUAUUUAUUUUUUUAUUUUCCUUUUGUGAUAUCAGUUUAAAUCACUGUAUAAAUGCCCCUUCAUUCAUUAUAAAGUUGGAUUUUUGAUAUGUACUUUCUUUGGUGUCAUGGCUGGGGGACUUUUUUCCCCUUCCCUUCAAGUAUAUAUCUACCUCACUCUUUUUAAGUGUGUAUGAAAAGAAAAGUACGUCUCUCCUUUUCUCAUUACUCUGUAUAAGGUUAUAACAUUAUUAACAAAACACACCACACCCAAACCCGGUUGGUGUGGAGAUGGGAUGGCGCUAGGGUGGCUCUAAUUAUAUCUGGUCCCAUGCUUAAAAAGUUCUGUAUCAACUACAUGUCAAAUCAAAUUUGAUUUGUCCAGAAUACAACCUUAGCGUGAAAUGCUUACUUACAAGCCCUUAACCAACAAUGCAGUUCAAGAAAUAUAGUUAAGAAAAUAAUUGCUAAAUAAACUAAAGUUUUAAAAAAUCUAAUCAAAAAGUAAUACAAGAAAAUGACAUAACAAUAAGGAGGAUAUAUACAGGAGGUACCGAGUCAAUGUGAGGGGGUACAGGUUAGUCGAGGUCAUUUGUAAAGUGACUAUGCAUAGAUAAUAAACAGCGAGUAGCAACAGUGUAAAAACCAACGGGGGGGGUCAAUAUAAAUAGUCUGGGUGGCCAUUUGAUUAAUUGUUCAGCAGUCUUAUGGCUUGGGGGUAGAAGCCUUUUGGUCCUAGACUUGGCGCUCUGGUGCCGCUUGCCAUGUCUGACUUGGGUGACUGAAGUCUCUGACAAUUCUUUUGGGCCUUCCUCUGGCACCGCCUUGUAUAUAGGUCCUGGAUGUCAGGAAGCUUGGCCCCGGUAAUGUACUGAGCCGUACGCACUACCCUCUGUAGCGCCUUAUGGUCAGAUGACGAGCAGUUGCAAUACCAGGCGGUGAUGCUCUCGAUGGUGCAGCUGUAGAACUUUUUGAGGAUCUGGGGACCCAUGCCAAAUCUUUUCAGUCUCCUGAGGGGGAAAAGGUGUUGUCGUGCCCUCUUAAAAUGUUAUGCUGGUCCAAAGAUUUUAAAUGGAAAACAGUAUGUUUGUAGUUCAGCUGAAAGUAUGAGGAAUAUAAUGUAUGUGGUACAGGUUAUAUUAUGGCUUUGAUUUAAUAAAAGAGGAUGACUGGCAUGUACUGUAUUGCACAGAAAAUGGCUCUAUUCCCACCCUCAUGGUUCGAGCACUAACAUGCUAUCCGGGUUACCUAAUAAUGCUAACUUAGAACAACAUUAAAUUACUAUUGUGAUGGGAAGUAUUCAUCGAAAGCUACAUGAGGUACACUAUGUAUUGGUAGAGAGCAUGACACAGCCACCUCAGACAUCCCAUCUCCACUCCUCUGCAAAUGAUUUCACAACUAGAAAUCCUCUGAUCAUACAGCUGGUAAGAAGGGUGAAGCUGAAUGGUAUCUUCUUAUUUUUCUAUUGUAUCAUGUAUUUAGGUCAAUUUUAAGCAAAUCAAUACAUUGCAGUUAAGCAACAUGUGGGUAAAUAAAAAUGGGAACAUUGCAUUUAUCAUCUUUGAUCGUUUAAGACAUUUUGCAAUGUAAUAUAUAUUGGGAAACCAGGUAGAUCAGAGGAUGUUUGGCUUUAGCCUGAAUUCUGGACAUCUAAACCACUACUGACAUUGAAACAACUCCAAUAGAAUGUUUGCCAACACUGGCUUCUGGUUUCAGCUUAAACAUUUCUUCAUGUAAAAAUGUUAAUUGAUAAUAUCCUAUGUAUGGUGAUGUAAAGUAUGGAUUUCCCCUGAAGUAUAAAUGACGGCACUUAUUUCUUUGAAACCCUCCUAGUGAAGACAACAUACUCAUAUACUCCUAGACUCAACUGCCCCACAAGUCCUCAAAGUUAGUGCUACAACAACAAACAGAGCUUUGUCGUUUAUUGUUGCUGGGAGCAGUUGAGUGUAGAAAUCACCAGCAUUAGAGAAAUACUAGGUCAAUAUGGAGUAAUUGUGUUAUACGAAGGCAUAUGGUUAGGACACCACACACUCUGUCCUGGGAGGAAUGUCUCAAAGCAGACUAACUGUAGGAAGAACAUCUACAGCCAUCUGCUGCUGCUCCACCUCCUCAUGCAUCUGUCAGACAGGACACUGUUGUUUCCUCUGUACUCCUUCAUCAUCUAAUCUCUCCAUCCUAUCCACCUGCCCCCAAUGACUAACUUUUCUAAAUAACACCUACAAAGCUCCCACAUUCAAAUAAUGCAGUUAUCUUUUUUUUGUAUCUUGUUAAGAUUUUUGAAACCAUUCCAAUUGGCUUGGAAUAGAUUUAUCAGAUUUUUCUACUGUCCCUUCAUCGUAAUCUUCUUCAUCGUCAUCCUCAUUGUGAUUAUUCAUAAGACUGCACCCUCUUUCUCUAUUCUACUGCUGCUGAUAAUAACACUGCUUCAAAGACUGUCUCAAUCCGUGGGUGUAAAUCCUCUAAGACUAUGCCAAUAUCAAUGGAAGUGUGGUUGAGAUGGCGGCAUUGGAUUUAGACCUCAAAUUCUCAUUAGAUGUAUUUUUCAAUAGAUUAAGGGUCAUUGAAAGGGGAAGAUCCAAUUUUGUCGAGCAAAAGACAUGUGGAGCUGAGGGCAUAUUAGAGUUUAUACUAGUUGCGGAACAAUAUUUAAUUUUUUCGGUCGUGGGAUGGAGAAAGGUUUUUGGUUCACAGUUCAACAUAGCCUGGAAGGCUAAAGUGUUCUACAGUAUAUUCUGAAGUUAUUAUUUUUGAGAAAUCAAUUGGGGGGAAUGAGUGCAGCAAAAAAGACUUGGUUGGAUGAAUGGCACAUUUCCAGGAACAAAUGGCUUUAUACUGUAUAUAUGCUACCAGAUUUUAAAGAAAGAAUCUAGGUCACCUUUUUAAUGCUAGAAUCCUUAGUUGAAACAAAAACAAAAUAGUCAACCCAACUCUUUUUUUGAUAAAAGCUGAGGGAUGGGCCUGGAGAAAUGUUACCACUCUCAAAUAUAUAGACAGAACUGACCAUCCAUGAUGUCAAAAUGUACAUUUUAACCAUAUUUUGAAGCUACAGUAUACAGUGUUUGUUUACAUUGAUGUUGUUUACAAACAUUGGAGAAAAAAAAGAAGUUAUAUUUGGGGUUCUGAUCAGGUUAGACAGUGGAAUUAAGACCUGCGGUAUUUAAAAGUUAUAUUCAUCAAGAAUCAAUGGGUAUAUAUCAAUAAUUCAUAAGUCCAAAAAUGUAUGUAGCAACUAAUGAUUCUAGCUUUAACAAGAGCCUUGCGCUUCUGUUGUUGAGUACAGUAUAAUGGAUGGGAGUGUUUCACAAUUAGAUUUAGUGUUUCAAGUGUUGGUGUCUGUAAUGAUAAAAGAUACAGAUAAGUGACAUUUAUUUCUUCUUAUUUUCAGUUAUCAAAAUGGGUUAAAGGGUUGUCCUGUUGUGAAGUGAAUAUCUGUUUUUAUGGAACGCUGCCAGAGUUGUUUAGUUACCAGAAGGUUACAGACCUAUUAUACCCAUAACUCAACCAAACACAUGGACAUAAAUAGUACAGGCAUGUCCAGUAGAUUACGGGUAGUCAUGGCAGAGAGUAAAUAACAUGACUAGAGUUUUAAGAAGAGUUGUUUACAGUAGAUAAAUAGUUGCUUUUUGCAUUGCCAGUUUGCAUGGAGAUAAAUGGAGAUCAAAUUGACUGAAAAGGUUGCAUUUCAAUUCUCAUUCAUAUUCAUGUAAUUGUAUUUUCUUCCGAAUGUUUUAUAUGUAAACUUCAGGUUUAUAUGAGAUGCAUCAGUGCAAUCAAAUCGCAAUAAUGAGCUUGAGGUUUAUCAGUAUAAUUUUUCAGGCACUGUUGUUCUGCUUAGCAUUCUGACAACUUCAAAAUGGGCCUUGAUCUACUGAGAAUAUUUUACUUGUUUUUUUAUUUUCUUUACUUUCACAAAAUCUGAAUCGCUGUGUCAUUUCAUUGAUUGGCAAAUAGAUUAGGUUAAACAGCUUGGCUAGACUGUCUUCUUGCAAGUUCUGUAUCUGAGGCCUCCUGUUUUUUUCAUGAGUAGAGUUGAGCUGGUGUAUUUUUGACAUGCCAUUCUCUUAAUGUGUAUCUAUGAGAAUUUCUUGUAUUUUCUUUUUUUCUUAAAUUUUGAAUAAAAAAGUGAAUGAGAAAGAUGA